AUGAAAAUACUCAUGAGGGCUAGGUGUUCUCAACUCUUGUCUGACAUACAAGCUUUCAAGGCAGCAAAUCCUGGUUGUAUUCUGGAAGAUAUUGUGAGAUGGCAUUCUCUUUCUCACUUGACCGAGAAUGAUACCUUUUCUGGAGAUGACUCUUCUCUCUUAACGGAUCCUAGACGACUAGUGCUAGUCCAUGUCUAG